AUGGCCGCUGCUGUUGCAUCCGCAGCUGAGCUCGAUCCGAGCAACAGCUCGAAGAAUACGCUCAAGCUCGAAAAUACCGAGAAGCGAGAUACCCUGGUUGCAAUUGAAAAGAAGUACCAGGCGCAAUGGAAGCAGGACAAGGUUUUCGAAGUCAAUGCUCCGUCCUUCGAAGAGGCGCCUCAGGGCGCCAUGUCCCCCGCUGAACUCCGCGAGAAGUACCCCAAGUUCUUCGGUACCAUGGCCUACCCUUACAUGAACGGUACUCUCCAUGCCGGACACAGCUUCACUGCCAGUAAGGUGGAGUUCAUGGCUGGAUUUGCCCGCAUGGAGGGCAAGCGUGCCCUUUUCCCUCUGGGCUUCCACUGCACCGGUAUGCCUAUCAAGGCCUGUGCCGAUAAGCUCGCCAACGAGGUAAAGAAGUUCGGCAAAGGGUUCGAGGGAUACAAUGAAGAGGCUGAGGCUGCCGCCGACAGUGUUGCCGCUCCCACACAAGAGGUCAAGGCCGAGGCUUCCGAGAAGUUCUCCGGCAAGAAGAGCAAGGCCGCUGCCAAGACCGUGAAAAUGAAGUACCAGUUCCAGAUCAUGCUGGCCAUUGGCGUUCCUUUGGAGGAUAUCCACAACAUGGGCGCUCGCAUUGACUGGCGCCGACAGUUCGUCACCACCGACGCUAACCCAUACUACGAUGCUUUCGUGCGCUGGCAGAUGAACCGACUGCACGAGCUUGGCAAGAUUAUGUACGGCAGCCGUUACACCGUCUACUCGCCCAAGGAUGGCCAGCCUUGCAUGGACCACGACCGCACCGAGGGUGAGGGCAUCGGCCCCCAGGAAUAUUCCGCUAUUAAGCUCCAGGUCAAGGAAUGGUCACCGAAAAUGGCAGAGCUUGUCAAGGGAAAGAUCGAGGAUGAUGCUAAGGUCUACUUCGUCCCGGCUACUCUGCGUCCCGAGACCAUGUAUGGUCAAACCAGCUGCUUCGUUGGCCCCAAGAUCAACUACGGUCUCUUCAAGCUGAAGGAGAAGGAGUACAUCGUCGUGACUAAGCGUGCUGCUUGGAACAUGGCCUUCCAGGGCCACUUCUUCGGCGAUAAGUUCCCCAAGACUCAGGACGAGCUUCCCCAGGUUCUUGAGGUGCCUGGUUCCACCUUCAUUGGGACCCUGGUCAAUGCGCCCCUGUCUUUCCACACCGAGGGUAUCCGUAUCCUUCCCAUGGAGAGUGUUUCUGCAUCUAAGGGCACUGGUGUCGUUACAUCUGUCCCCUCCGACAGCCCUGAUGAUUACGCCACUCUCGUGGAUCUCGCCAAGAAGGCCGAGUACUAUGGUAUUCAGAAAGAGUGGGCUGAGCUUGAAAUCUUCCCUCUCAUCGACACUCCUACUUAUGGCAACUUGACCGCUCCUACUCUGGUCAAGCAGCUGAAGAUCAACUCUCCCAAGGACGUCACCCAGCUUGCCAAAGCCAAGGAGUUGGCCUACAUGGAGGGCUUCUACAAGGGAACUAUGCUGGUUGGUGACUUCAAGGGCGAGUCCGUUAGCGAUGCCAAGGACAAGGUCCGCAAGGCGCUCUACGAGAGCGGCGAUGCCUUCCCCUUCGCUGACCCCAUGGGCAAGGUUGUCAGCCGUAGUGGCGAUGACUGUGUUGUUGCCUACCUGGGCCAGUGGUUCCUGAACUACGGCGAGAAUGAUGCCGAAUGGCAGCAGGAGACCCUCAACCACGUUGUCAACAACCUCAAUACCUACUCUGCCGAGUGCAAGAACGGAUUCGAGAAGAACCUGUCGUGGCUGAACCGCUGGGCAUGUGCCAGAACCUACGGACUCGGAUCCCAGCUGCCAUGGGACAAGCAGUUCCUGGUUGAGAGUCUGAGUGACAGCACUGUGUACAUGGCUUACUACACCAUCGCUCACCUCCUACACGGUGACCGAUACGGUAAGACAACUGGCCCCUUGAAGAUCACCGCAGACCAGAUGACCGAUGAGGUCUGGGACUACAUUUUCACAAGACGUGAGAUCAGCGACGAUCUCAUCUCCAAGAGCGGAAUCAGCAAGGAAUCCCUGCAGCAGAUGCGCCGUGAAUUCGAAUACUGGUACCCCCUGGAUGUCCGUGUCUCUGGAAAGGAUCUGAUUCAGAACCACCUGACCUUCUUCCUCUACAUUCACAUUGCUCUCUUCCCCAAGGAGUACUGGCCCCGUGGUGUUCGUGCCAACGGCCACUUGCUCCUCAACGGCGACAAGAUGAGUAAGAGUACCGGCAACUUCUUGACCCUCAAGGAUGCCGUCGACAAGUUCGGCGCUGAUGCUACUCGUAUUGCGUUUGCCGAUGCCGGUGACAGCAUUGAAGAUGCCAACUUUGAAGAGACUGUUGCCAACAGCAACAUCCUGCGUCUCUACACCUUGAAGGAGUGGAUUGAGGAUGUUGCCAAAGACCAGACUCUGCGUACUGGUCCUGCCGAUGCCUUCGCUGACAAGCUCUUUGAAAAUGAACUUAACAGCCUGGUUCGUGAGACUCAGAAGCACUACCAGGACACUGACUUCAAGCUUGCUCUCAAGUCUGGUCUAUAUGACUUCACCAGCUCCCGUGAUAGCUACCGUGAGGCUUCCACCGCUGCCGGCGUCGGUAUGCACCGCGAUAUCGUUAUGCGCUACGUUGAGCUGCAAGCUCUCAUGCUUGCACCCAUCGCUCCUCACUGGGCUGAGUACAUCUGGCUCGAGGUUCUGAAGAAGACCGAGUCCAUCCACUUCGCCCAGUUCCCUGCCGUGCCGGAGCCUUCCCCCGAGCUGACCGCUGCUCAGAACUACGUCCGUGGUACUGCAAGCAACAUCAUGGGAUCCGAGGCUGCCUUCGCCAAGAAGCUCUCCAAGGGCAAGGCUGCUGGCUUCGACCCCCGCAAGCCCAAAAAGCUUACCAUCUUCGUUGCCAAGAAGUUCCCUAACUGGCAGGAGAAGUACAUUGACUUGGUGCGCGAUGCCUUUGACUCGCUGAACCUCUCCUUCAACGAGAAGGAGCUUAGCGCCAAGGUCGGCAAGCUCGGUGAAAUGAAGAAGGCCAUGCCCUUCGUGCAGAACCUGAAGCGUCGUCUAGUCAACGCUCGCGAGAGCCCCGCCACUGUCUUCGACCGCAAGCUUCCUUUCGAUGAAUUCGCCGUUCUGUCUGAGAUGGUCGGUGGUCUGAAGCGCACCUCUGGCUUCAAGGAGAUUGAGAUCAUUGCUGUUGACGAGGGUGGCAAGACUGGAGAAGUUGUAGGCACUGGUGAGAAGCGUGAGGGUCUGGCCGGCGAAAAUGCCGUCCCUGGAAACCCUACGUUCCAGUUCGUCAACGUCGAGUAG